AUGAGACUCCCUCAAGCCCCGGUCCUUAGCCUUCUUGUUUUUGUCGCCAGCACAACUGCUGUGCCCCAGAACGUGAAGAGAGACGCUCAAUUCAACGUCGGCCAGCCCAUUGACGCCAACGGCAAGGGAGGCCCGAUUCUUGGCGGAACCAAUAACCAGAUCGAUAGAGACAACCCCGACAACCUCGGCCAGCAGCCGACCGACAACGGUGUCGUGCCAAACCUGAAGUGGAGGUUCUCGGAUUCCAAGACUCGCAUCCUGAAGGGAGGCUGGGUGCGCGAGCAGGUUAUCCAGGACCUGCCCCAGAGCCACGAUAUCGCGGCCGCUCAGCAGCACCUCAAGAAGGGCGCCAUUCGCGAGUUGCACUGGCACAAAGUGGCCGAAUGGGGCAUCGUCUACUCUGGGAGCGUAAUCAUCGGCGCAGUCGGUGAGGACGGCAAGAGCCAGGUCGAGAAGCUCAACUAUGGAGACAUUUGGUAUUUCCCCAAGGGGGCCGCUCACUACAUCCAGGGGGUUGAUGAAGAAAACGAGUAUCUUCUAGCCUUUGACGAGGCUGACUUUGACAAGAUUGGAACCACCUUCAACAUCGUCGACUGGCUGGCUCACACCCCAAGAGACAUCCUGGCCAGGAACUUUGGAGUUGACCGCUCCGUCUUUGACAACCUACCAGCCACGAACCCGUACAUACUCAACGGGACGACGGCCACUACCGAAGUGACCGUCAGUCCAGACCAGUAUCUGUCGGGCAACAGCUCGUUCGUGUACCGCACGUUUGAGCACCCGCCCGAAGUGGUCCCCGGCAACGGCGGCGAGUUCAGGAAGAUCGAUUCGACCAAUUUCCCGAUCAGCAAGACGAUUGCAGCCACGUUUGUCACUCUGAAGCCCGGGGGGUUGCGAGAGCUUCACUGGCAUCCCAAUGCCGAGGAGUGGCUCUACUUCCACAAGGGUAAAGGGAAGGCAACGGCAUUCAUCGGAAAUACUGCCGCGCGAACCUUUGAUUUCGAGGCUGGGGAUACGGGCGUAUUCCCGGACAACUCUGCACAUUACAUCGAGAACACUUCCGACACGGAGGACCUGGUUUGGAUUGAACUGUACAAGUCGGACAGGGUAGUAGACAUAUCUCUUGCUCAAUGGCUGGCACUCACGCCACCCGAGAUUGUUGCACAGACUUUGAAGGUUCCCGUCGAAUUCGUUGGACAGUUGAAGAAGGAGAAGCAGAUACUGAUCUAG